AAUCUAAAAUCCAUAAACUCAUCUCCAACCACACCCCUUUUCCCAAAAUUCAUCUAUUCACAGCAUUAAUUUUAAAAAGAAAAACAUAAUAAAAAUAACAAACAAGUCUUCAAAAAAAAAUAAAAUUUAGAGACAUUUUUUUGUACUGGUGUUAUUUUCCGAAGUUUGUUAUACUAGAUUGAAAAACAACGCUUUGAUUUGAGUCUUGUUUAGUAAAGUAUGAGAAAAGGUUGAAGUAGUAAGUUGCGAUCGAUCGAUCAGGAAUCAGGAAUGGAAAGGUUAAAGUCAGGUUGUAUUCUAUGGUUUGAGGGUUUGAAAGAAGCUUGUUGUCUUCAUCGCGUUGUUAUUCUCUGUCUCCGCUCAAAUUCUCUAUUGCUCCGAACAGGCCAAUGUUUCCUCCUCAAUGGUUUCAUCUUCUUAGGAAGUAUAUUCCUCCUAAACUCGGUUGUCAUUCCUGCUUUGUGGUUGAUAUUACCUGAUCAAUGCUCACACCUUGUUUCUCAUCAACUCUGUGACUUAGCUACAACUUUCAAAUUUUAUUCUUUCUUACGUCUUGCACUCAUUCAGCUCUUCUAUGUGCUUUGGUUUUACCCAUUAUAUGUGUUUAGCAUAGUUCUAAGCACUAUCUGGUACAACGACAUUGCCAAGUAUGGGUAUGCUGCAAUGGGAAGAUCUAAGUUUACAGUGGACAAAGUUUCCAGCCAAAACAAUGCACCAACUACGCAAGAUGCUUAUCAAGCAAAAAAACCAUCUGGCCUUGGAGGGGUCAUGAUUGGAAUAGGAGAGCAGGUGUACUCGAUACUCCUUUUGAGCGUUUUCUUUCUUGAGGUCUAUGCAACUGGUUUCAUACCAUACAUAGGGAAGGUGCUCAAUUUUUUACUCCUUUCCUGGAUGUAUGCAUAUUACUGCUUCGAGUAUAAAUGGAAUUUCAAUGAAGUGGCACUUGACAGAAGGCUAGACUACUUUGAAUCUUAUUGGCCAUUUUUUGCUGGUUUUGGAAGUCCUUGCGUUUUGGCUAUAUUCUUUUUCUCUCCUCUUGUUGGUUAUGGGAUUAUGGCUAUACUUUUUCCACUGUUUGUUCUAACUGCAACUGGGUCGGAGGCUGAACAAGAAAUCUCCUUUGAAAAAUAUAAAUGGAGAGCUGCAGGAGUGGAAAGGCUUCCAAUAUUUUACGUUGCAAAUAAUGUGUCGAUGUGGAUUUUAUCUCUUUUACCCCUGGAGAAACGGGACCGUAUGCAAGACAUGAAAGCACAAUAAGAUUAUUGUAGUCAACGAUUAUGGCAUAACUGACAACUGGAUAAAUUUAUUUAACACAUCGAUGCGGGUUGAACUACACACUACGCGACUUCAUAAUUCAGGUGCAGAAGGUUAAAGGCUUAAAACUGCUGCCAGAACUAAAGUCAACCAUGUUAUUGGGAAAUUCUACUUUGUAUAGGGUCAGCACUAACUUGGAGUUUGCGUUCUAGGAGUCCUUCGACUGCUACCUUCUACAUUGUAUAGAUUAUGCUGAAUUUGGUUGUAAGUUGCACUCCAAGUCUUAAUUUGUGCAUAACAUUUGUAACUCUCAAAAUAUAUUUAUGCAAAAUUAGUCGAGUUUAAAA